AUGUCUCAUUCACCCUCACAUACUAGCCCACGCCGCGCUCCGCCAACUUCGGGCAAAAAGCACUACCGAGCCAAGUCCAUCUCUCGCUCCUCGGUCGAUCUCGACAACUCCGAGACUGGAGCUCUUUUUCUCGCUUCCAACGAACUUUCGCCUGACGGCGAGGAUCACUCGGGAUACCCUCCUCACACAUUAGCAGGCGGUGCAGCGGGCAUUUCUUCGCGUGCGUGGUCAUCAAAAAGAAUGCCACUCGGAUCUAGGCGCCUCGCCCUCCUCCUCUUUGGCUUUGUGGCGCUGAUUGUGCUGUUUGGCAGGAGGGACUCGCGAGAUGCGGUAGUCGGCUACGUCAACGACAAGGCUGGUCAGGUCGGGCAGGCUUAUCAGAACAACGCACCGUGGAAGGCGAAGCCAGAUCAGGAGAACAAGAACGCUGUUGGAUUCCGCGUCACUUUCCCGCCUGCUGCGACGACACCAGCAAAGGCACCUGUGACCGGCACAAGCGCUCACACUGUGCGACAGAAGCCAGCGCUGCACCCCGACCCGUCCAAGACGACCCGCUGCGAUGGCACCGGACCAAGACCACUCGACCGCAAGGGCAACCCUCGACCGCUGGUUCAGUACGCACUCAUGAUCGAUGCUGGAAGUACAGGCAGCCGUAUCCACGUCUAUCGGUUCAACUACUGCUCCCAAUCUCCCGAACUUGAAGACGAGUAUUUCGAGAUGCUCAAGGGCGGUCUUAGCAACUACGGUACCAACCCAGAAGCGGCUGCCGAUUCUUUGAGGCCGCUGCUCAAGUCAGCUCUUCAACGAGUUCCCGCCAAGCUGCGAAAGUGCACGCCCGUCGCAGUCAAGGCGACUGCUGGUCUUCGUCUUCUUCCGGGCAAGCAGGCAGAGGACGUCAUCAAGGCUGUUCGACACAUGCUCGAGAACGAAUACCCCUUCCCCAUCGCCGACGGCACCAAGGCAUCCAAGGGUGUUGAGAUCAUGGAGGGCAAAGAUGAAGGUGUCUUUGCCUGGAUCACGGUCAACUACCUUCUCAACCGCAUUGGCUCUUCUUUGCCUAACAAGCAGGAAACAGCUGCUGUUAUGGACUUGGGCGGUGGUUCGACUCAGAUCGUUUUUGAGCCCAGCUUCACCUCUGCGCUGCAAGGUAUGCAGCCAGGCGAGCACGUCUACCAGCUCAACGCGUUCGGUACUAAGCCUUAUACGCUCUACCAGAACUCGUACCUGGGCUACGGUCUGAUGCAAGCGCGUAUGUCGAUCAACUCGCUUGCUGCUUUCACCUACAGCUUGGCGCAUCCUAAAGCUGUUCUCGCCGGAUCCGCCCACAACGGUGCUCAAGGCUCACUCGAAUGGACCUCUUUACGGCCCGAAACCACACGCAUCCCAUCCCCUUGCUUUACCAACGGCCGAACCAAAGCCGUCCUCAUCUCUCAACCGGACCAAAAGACCCAUGCCAACGUCACAAUGGUCGGCACUGACGGCGGUUUCCCCGCGUGCAGACGACUUGUCGAAGUCAUGAUGGACAAAGACGCAGUCUGCACCUCCAAAUCGUGCUCUUUCGGUGGUGUCUACCAACCUUCGCUCAUGGAAACUUUCAAAACAGCUCCCAUCAUUGCUCUUUCAUACUUCUACGAUCGACUCGAACCACUGGGGCUCGGACCCAAGUUCAAGAUCAAAGAUCUCGAAGCGGUCGCUCAUCGUGCAUGCGCUUACUCAAAGACCGACACACAAGGGUUCGGCGCGGCAGCGAUAGCCGAGCUCGAAGACAGGCCAGAGACUUGUUUGGAUCUGAGCUUCAUGCAUGGAUUAUUAAGUCUGGGUUACGAGUUGGGCAGCGAUAGGGAGAUCAGUAUUGCCAAGAAGCUUGGUGGGACGGAGAUGGGAUGGUGUUUGGGUGCGCAGUUGGCUGUGUUGGAUGAGCAUGGGUUGAUUUGCAAGGCCUAA